AUGACAUAUUGCCAACGCAGUGGUCUCCGUCUCAUCCAGUUGGCAAUAUUAGGUACCUUCGCAGUCGACGGGUUAUUCUUGACAUAUUGCCAACGUAGAGGUCUCCGUCUCAUCCAGUUUGGCCACAACAGGGGCCUUCAAAGUGGAUGGGACGUCAGUUCGGCUGUCGCGUGCUCCGCCGAAAUCGCCCGUCGGUACAACUGCGUCGGAUCGGCGAACUGGAUCUAUCACGCUUGCACCGCCGCACUCUGGGCCCGUCGAAAACGGAGCCGCGGGGCACUACUAGCGGCCGUCCAGCUGCCGACUCGGGUGACGGAGAAAGCGGAUGGGUCACAAUGCUCGGAUCUAAUCCAUCAGGGCGUCGGCGCCUUUCUCCUCUCGGUGUGCCUGUGGAGGAGAUUAUACAGAUGUCACGCCGUGAGUGACACCGUACGCUCGUGUUCCCAUAAGUUCACUGCAAUGAUGGACACGAAAGAGCCGCGG